AUGUCUGUACAUGUUGAAUGGGCAUGCAGCACGCCGAACGGUGGCCUCGCAACCGCCAUGGAGCGGCUGGCCCGCCAAAUCGCCGAAGAAGGUGAAUACUAUGAAGUCGCCAUCUUGAGCACUCCAAAGACGGCAUCGGGCGGAAGAUCGGCGAAGCCCCAUUUUAAGGUCCGGCUGCUUGGCACGAAUAACAGAAGUGAGGUAACCCACGAGCACCUCAUCAAGAUUGAACACCGAAGCGCGACGGGACAUUCGUCGCGAUAUGUAACCAACCGGCAAGCUAGAGGUCCGGGCUACUCGUAUGAGACAUUAGUUGCAACCAAUGGGCCACCUACUGGCUGCCCUAAAAGGCGUCGCCUUCAGAGAGAGGCAGAGGCGGCGGCUGGCGUCCCAGAUGGAUGGUAUCCCGACCCACAGGCGGCGUAUUCCGGAAAGGCUGAGCGGUAUUUUGCAAAUGGCCAGUGGACCGAGCACACACGUUGA